AUGGUUGUUGUAACGGACAAAACCUUCAGAGGUGACGAGAACAAAAAGUUUGUGACUUUGUUCUUUAGGCUAAAAGAUAUCUAUCUAAAUCAGUUCAUAUCUAUCUGUCUAUCUAUCUAUCUAUCUAUCUAUCUAUCUAAAUCAGUUCAUAUCUAUCUAUCUAUCUAUCUAUCUAUCUAUCUAUCUAUCUAUCUAUCUAAAUCAGUUCAUAUCUGUCUUUCAUAUCUGUCUGUCUGUCUAUCUAUCUAUCUAAAUCAGUUCAUAUCUGUCUGUCUGUCUAUCUAUCUAUCUAAAUCAGUUCAUAUCUAUCUAUCUAUCUAUCUAUCUAUCUAUCUAUCUAUCUAUCUAAAUCAGUUCAUAUCUAUCUAUCUAUCUAUCUAUCUAUCUAAAUCAGUUCAUAUCUAUCUAUCUAUCUAUCUAUAUAUCUAUCUAUCUAAAUUAGUUCAUAUCUAUCUAAAUCAGUUCACAUCUAUCUAUCUAUCUAUCUAUCUAUCUAUCUAUCUAUCUAAAUCAGUUCACAUCUAUCUAUCUAUCUAUCUAUCUAUCUAUCUAUCUAUCUAUCUAUCUAAAUCAGUUCAUACCUAUAUAUUUGUUCACAUCUAUUCCAUUUAUCGUUCAGCGUCUUAA